AUGAUUAAUCCAAAAAUCCUUUACAGCUACAUAAGACAGAGCACACGGAAUAAAGAUCCUGUCCCACUGCUGCGAACGGCUGAGGGUGUGGAAAUCUCCGAUAACAAGGAUAAGGCUGAACAUCUCUCUCAGUUCUUCCGAUCAGUCGUGACAAGUGAACCUGCUUUUUCCUCACCCGCUUAUGAAGACGAAGAAACGCCUACCCUCGAAGCCGUCUUCUUCACCGAAACAAUUGUUCGGAAUGGAUGCCUGCCCUCUGACUGGAAGUCUGCUACCAUCACUCCGCUUUUUAAGGGUGGAAGUCGUGCGUCUGCGAAUAACUACAGGCCAUUGAGUCUUACCUCCAUCUGUUGCAAAAUCGUGGAGAAGAUCAUUAAGAAGGCCUUGGUGCAGUUCCUCGAGCAGCACCAUCUCCUUUCUGAUGCCCAACACGGCUUUCGAAGUGGUAGGUCCUGCCUCACGAAUCUGCUCUUUACGCUCGAACGCUGCACCAAAGCACGCGAUGAAGGUAUUGUGGUGCACGCCAUCUACAUCGAAUUCACAAAGGCUUUCGACAGCGUUCCUCAUCAACGUCUCCUGUACAAAAUGCGCAACGCUGGAAUUCGUGGACGCCUUCUUGUAUGGAUCCAGAGUUUUUUGGCUGGACGGUCCCAGAGAGUGCAGGUCGGGCGUCAACAGUCCUCAGAUGUAAGCGUGGUGAGUGGCGUCCAACAGGGCUCAGUCUUAGGUCCAACGUUAUUUCUCGUUUUCAUAAAUGACUGCGUCAAGGACCUAGACUGUGAUUCCAUCCUGUUUGCCGACGACAUAAAAUUGUGGAAAGUUAUUCACGAUGCGGCAGACACAGACCACCUGCAAGCAAACUUGAACAGGCUCGAAGACUGGUCGAAGCGCUGGCUUAUGCCCUUCAAUAUAAGCAAGUGUAACUUUCUUCAACUCGGCGGCUUCAGAGCCCCCAGCCCCAGGACCUACUUUCUAAACGGCUCACCACUGCAACAGGUUGACAGUCAGAAGGACCUGGGUGUAUGGAUUACAUCUUCACUCAAACCAACACUGCACUGCGCGAAGGCGGCUAAAUCGGCUACGGCCACAUUGCAACUCAUUAGGCGAGCAUUUCUGGGAUUUGACCCUGACUGCUUUUCCAAAAUAUUUGGCACCUUCGUGCGACCUCAUCUAGAAUACGCCAUACAGGCGUGGAGACGCUGGACUGCCAAGGAUUAUACCGUCUUGGAGAAGGUCCAGAGACGGGCAACCAAAAUGACACAAGGUCUGGGAUCACUGCCCUAUAACACCAGACUGUCAGUCCUCAGCCAGUUUCCCCUUUCCUACAGGCAAUUACGUGGUGACCUUAUACUAACAUUUCGCAUCAUCAACGACCUAGACUGUUGUUUAGAUCCCACUUAUUAUUUCACCCAAGCUAACACGCCCACUUUGCGCGGUCAUCCCCUAAAACUACGCGCAGGGAAAUUAAGAAUCAAUGGACGGAAGUUCUUUUUCAGUAACAUAGUGGUUGCAGCGUGGAAUGCCCUGACUACUGACGUUGUACCCUCCCCCUGUGUGAAUUCCUUCAAGUGUAGACUUGACAUUCACCAAGCUUCCCAAUUACCACCCUCACAUCAACUCGCAAAGCCCGGUACCAUAUUAUAG